UGCUGACUUUUUUUUUUUUAAUUUUUUAAUUUUUGUUUGCUUUGCGAAGGGCAGAGGGAGAGCGCCCUUCGCCCUUGGCCUUUGGCAUUCUCGGUGCACUGCUGCCAUCACGCGGAUUAAGUUUGCCUAUUCCGCCAGCAGGUCCCUGUGCAUCCCAGGAAAUGGAGUCGGGCUGGCUAGGGAAGGGCUCCCGCCUGGGUCCCCCAGGACCAAAGCGGUUCUCUGGCCUGCUCCAUGACCCAGGAGAGCUGGAGGAGGAAGCAGGGUCCAGGUGACCGGCUCCAGGCAGGCGACACGAGGCUUGGCUUGCGGGUCACUGAAGCACAGCCUCCCGGAUCCUACCGCCGCCAUGUCUGGCAGCAGCAGAGGACCUCUCCGCAGGGGAUUGUGCAGCCUGGGCUGCAUGGGUGUCCUUGUGGGGAAAUUUCGCCCCAGAGUGCCAACCCGCCUGCCCUUACCUUGGUGCACAAGGCCACCCAGGGAGCCCCUAACUUUUUUUGAGCCUCCCUAGCAGUAUCCACAGCUCACUUCCGGAGACCACACAAACUCUGCCCUGCCUCUUUGGGAGGUUUUCAGGGUCUCAGGCCUGGUUGCUGGUAGCCACUGUGGCCAAAUGUCUGUCAUCCAUUUAAUUCCUCCUGCCAUCCCCUCUCCUCUCUGGCUGCCAGGCCUUCUCUCUGGCUUGCCUUUUGUUCCUUUUACAAAUGCCCUUCCACUUGAGGUGUGCUACAGGUGGAAUUCAGGGACUGGGACCUGUCAGAAAAGGUUCCUGCUCCAGAGCCACAUCCCCAGAAUCCAACAAUUGGUCCGGGGACCCCCCACCCCCAAUCAUCAUCCUAUGCAAGCUGGUUGUGUGUACCCAGUGAUCCCAGAGCUCAAGGCAGUGUGGUGGCUCAAGGUGAAUCCCAGUAGAAGCAUCCAGAGCAGGGUUUGGUCUCAGGGGUGCUCACAAACAGGCCAGGCAGGACUUAGGUACCAUGGAGGCCAGGUUUCACGGCCCUUGCCUCCCCUGAGAAGCUUCUUCUCUGUCAUGCAGGACACACAUGCAGGCCGAAUACUCCUUCCUGUGUUCUCCUGCUUAGCUCACCUUUGCCUUAAACCAGGUAGAACCCCCAGGGUCAAAGGUCGGAAAGCCCCUUGUCCUGCACUGCCCUGUCCAGACACCAUCUCAACAGGAAGAAUACUUGGAGAAGGCUCUGAAAUUAACAGAGGGCAGUAUGUGGAGUCCUAGACCUGCUGUGUGUGUGUGUGUGUGUGUGUGUGUGUGUGUGUGUGUGUGUGUAUGUGUGUGUGUGUAUUGGGUGUUUGUGAGUGCCUGGGUUUAGUGUGGUGUAGUCCUGUUUGGGUCCAUAAGAGGUGGCUGAGAGGCACAGUAUAUAAGAAUGAUGGUGGUCAGGUCCGUGUUGAAGGGGAAGGACAGGUGGGCAUGUAGGGGAAGCCUUUUAGGUCUCCAUCCUUCAUCUCCAGCUCCCGUGAGCACAAGGUUUGGAGUGGUGCAUCCUGUGUGUGGUUUGGGUCUCAGGGGCGUGUCGUGGCAUGGUGGAUGAGAGCAUUGUAUAGGAAUCAUCGGGAAGGUGGCAGGACAGUCCUUUGGAGUGGCUUGGCAAGCAUGUAUGGGAAGUCAGGGCCUCCUCCCAAACCCCCAGCAACAGGAAGCUCCCCUUUUAGCCUCAGGACAUGUCUUCAGGAAGCUUUGUAGAGAGGGAGAGUUUGAAUAGCAUAGAAAGGCUUGUCUCCAGGUACUAGGGAGAGUGAUUUUCUUCUAGGCUCAAUGAUGGAAGAUGUCAGCCAUGAACAGGAGGUCCUCUGGAGACUUUCAGUGCUCAUGGAAGGAAGGCUUCCUGUUGGGGAGUGCAAAGCAUUUCCCAACUCAUCAUGGCCUAGCUACCCUGGAUACCAGGGAUGGGACUGUACAUAGGAGCGAGGGAUAGAGGGACACAGAGAUAGAGGUGGAGGUGGAGGUAGAGGAGGAUAGAUAAAUGAGAGAGAGAGAAAGUGAGGCGAGAGCAAAUGAGAAUCUGCCUGUGGGGUGUUGGGUGUUCUCUAGUUUGUUGGUGUUUUUUUCAUUCAGGCUGUUGGGAGGACCCACUGUCUAUGGACACUUUUUUUCUGUUCCAUGGAUCUGUGCCCCUGGAGGAAAUUUUGUGUGAUGACACCUGGAAUGUUGUGGGAAAUCCAUAAGGACACACAGGGGCCCUGGACGCCCUGCCUGUUGAGAAGAGACUGUGGAUGUCCCCGAGCCUUGUGGUCCCUGCUUCGGAUGAUGUGGGGCAGCAUCCAUCUGAACGCAUAUCACUACCAAGUCCAAGGUUUUGGAAGGAAGCCCUUCUCCUCUCCCAUCUCAGUAUUAGACCAUCGGACCUUGGGACACGGGACUCAGGCCGCUGACUCUGCAUCCCUCACAAGUGCACAGAGCUGCCUGCCCUUUUGCCUUGUGUCCAUCCUGGAGCAGCCUUCUGCCAGGGCAGAGGGAGAGCGCCCUUCGCCCUUGGCCUUUGGCAUUCUCGGUGCACUGCUGCCAUCACGCGGAUUAAGUUUGCCUAUUCCGCCAGCAGGUCCCUGUGCGUCCCAGGAAAUGGAGUCGGGCUGGCUAGGGAAGGGCUCCCGCCUGGGUCCCCCAGGACCAAAGCGGUUCUCUGGCCUGCUCCAUGACCCAGGAGAGCUGGAGGAGGAAGCAGGGUCCAGGUGACCGGCUCCAGGCAGGCGACACGAGGCUUGGCUUGCGGGUCACUGAAGCACAGCCUCCCGGAUCCUACCGCCGCCAUGUCUGGCAGCAGCAGAGGACCUCUCCGCAGGGGAUUGUGCAGCCUGGGCUGCAUGGGUGUCCUUGUGGGGAAAUUUCGCCCCAGAGUGCCAACCCGCCUGCCCUUACCUUGGUGCACAAGGCCACCCAGGGAGCCCCUAACUUUUUUUGAGCCUCCCUAGCAGUAUCCACAGCUCACUUCCGGAGACCACACAAACUCUGCCCUGCCUCUUUGGGAGGUUUUCAGGGUCUCAGGCCUGGUUGCUGGUAGCCACUGUGGCCAAAUGUCUGUCAUCCAUUUAAUUCCUCCUGCCAUCCCCUCUCCUCUCUGGCUGCCAGGCCUUCUCUCUGGCUUGCCUUUUGUUCCUUUUACAAAUGCCCUUCCACUUGAGGUGUGCUACAGGUGGAAUUCAGGGACUGGGACCUGUCAGAAAAGGUUCCUGCUCCAGAGCCACAUCCCCAGAAUCCAACAAUUGGUCCGGGGACCCCCCACCCCCAAUCAUCAUCCUAUGCAAGCUGGUUGUGUGUACCCAGUGAUCCCAGAGCUCAAGGCAGUGUGGUGGCUCAAGGUGAAUCCCAGUAGAAGCAUCCAGAGCAGGGUUUGGUCUCAGGGGUGCUCACAAACAGGCCAGGCAGGACUUAGGUACCAUGGAGGCCAGGUUUCACGGCCCUUGCCUCCCCUGAGAAGCUUCUUCUCUGUCAUGCAGGACACACAUGCAGGCCGAAUACUCCUUCCUGUGUUCUCCUGCUUAGCUCACCUUUGCCUUA